CCUCUUCCGGUUCACUUCCGCCUACCCCUCCCAAGCUCGGGACCGGAAGCUCCUCUCUCUAACCCGAUUCUCCUAAUUGAGUUGAAACUCGAGAGACGUCAAGAUGCCGGCUUACCACUCUUCUCUCAUGGACCCCGACACCAAACUCAUUGGAAACAUGGCACUGUUGCCCAUCAGAAGUCAGUUCAAAGGACCUGCCCCUAGAGAGACAAAAGACACAGAUAUUGUGGAUGAAGCCCUCUAUUACUUCAAGGCCAAUGUCUUCUUCAAAAACUAUGAAAUUAAGAAUGAAGCUGAUAGAACCUUGAUAUACAUAACUCUCUACAUUUCUGAGUGUCUAAAGAAACUCCAAAAGUGCAAUUCCAAAAGCCAAGGUGAGAAAGAAAUGUAUACACUGGGAAUCACUAAUUUUCCCAUUCCCGGAGAGCCUGGUUUUCCACUUAAUGCAAUUUAUGCCAAACCUGCAAACAAACAGGAAGACGUGGUGGACUUGCUUUGUGAAGAGACAAUUCAUGAACAAGAGUCUUUCAGGACCUGGACAGUAAAGAGAGCUGGGCAGACACUGUUUCCACAACCGUGGGCAGCAUUUUACAGCAAAAUGUACACAGUUCUUUGCCUUUAUUUCAUAAAGUUUUAUACAGAAGAGAGAAGAGAACAUGUCUUUACUUGAAAGGUUCAUUAUCAAGAAUUUGGGGGGGGUGGGGAGAACGAAUUGUCAAAGGGUGAUUUGAAAUUUUCUGCAGUAUUAAGCUGGUGCUUAAUAAGUAAUAAUAAAGGAAUUUCUAA